CGUUUAUAGGUGACCAGGGGCGCCCGGUGGACGCGAGGCUGCCCUCUCGUAAGGACAGCCCUGUCUAAAAGUAGAGCAAAGAAUCAGACGAAUUUCGAUAACCACGUCACAUUUACUAUAGGAUCCUGUUAGAGCCACCGAUUAGCCACCUAUUCGGUGGACGUUCCUCCACACCUUCGUUAAUUGCUCAAAAUUGGGAAUCGGACGGGCUAUUUUUCGCCCCAGGAAACGAUUGGAAAGUUAACUUCCGUGUAACGAUUAUUGACCGAUCCAGCGCGCGUAAUUUCGCUGGAUUACCGGUAUUAAAUCCAGAACAACGUUUUCCAAUAACGCAGGGGACAGUCGCGAAGUUUCGAGCGUGGAUAUACGCUCGCACGCGCGUCCCAUCGGAGGACUCUGUGACGGGUCCGAUUGUCUGUCUCAUUUUAUGCAAAUCGCGCAGAAGCAUCUGUUAGGGGACGACACGCCGCGAAACGGAGACGCAUCGCCGAUGUAAAUUCAUGGGAAACCGGGACGAUCCCUGCCGUCUCUAUCAGGUGCGUGGUUCUCUGACCACGAUCACCGGAAAUUCCGGUUGGAAAUUGGACGGACACCGGUGAUGUCGCCCGUCCUCUGCGAAGCUUACGGCUUAGGCAAGUUUAGCGUCUACCGCGGAUUAACGAUCAGCCGAUUUCCGUUGCCAACGAAUUUCCUUUGACCCGAACUGGACGCGGUUCUGUACAGCUUUACGAUGAAUACCUCAGGGAACGAUUGCAGCGCUUUUCCUACCGAACAGAAUCGGAGGAAAUUUCCGUCGAAGAUGUCCACGCUCGUUUCCCUAGGGAGUCGAAUGUUUUUCCACAGACGCGGCGACCGAUUAAAGGUACGUCCAACAAUGGCAUCGGUUAACCGACACGAUUUUACCUCUGUGAAAUGCUUGCAGAUACCCAAGUACCAAAACACCUAUCGGCUGGAAUCGUUUGACAGCUUCAACGCGGAAGCUGUCGAUAAGAUCGUGCUCCAAGUGAUGGAGGAUAAACUAUCCACGGUAACGUCGUAUCAACCUAGCGAAAUGGGGAAAUUGUGCAAGGAGAUUGGAGCCGAAUUGCAAAAGGCGAUCGGCAAGAAGGAUUACGACAGGUACAAAAUAGUAGCGCAGGUGACUAUAGCUCAACGUCUCGACCAAAGCGUUCACGCAGCCUUUCAGUGUCUCUGGGACGUGGAACGUGAUAAUUAUUCCUACUAUGUUUACGAAAACAACCAUAUAUACGCCUGGUGCUGUGUGUUCGGCAUAUAUUACGAGUGAGACACGCUGUUCCGAGUAAAUCGCAUUCUGUUUCCCGUGAAUGCCUGUGAAUGCGAUAUUCGCGAUAUUCUUCUCAAUUUCGCAAUAAUUCCCUGUUCGUUACCCAACCCCUCGUAGCGAGCGAAAUAUUCUACAAAAGGGAGGCGAGACCUUUUGUGAACGCGUGCCAAUAAUUAUUAAAAAAAGAUAAAUCAGCUACGUGCCACGUAAAAUAUUAUUAAACACAUUAAUCAAUUUGCGAGUAUUUAAAUUAUAAUCGUGGGGCGUUCGAUUGCAUAAUUCCACGAUGAUCGAGAAAGAUAUCGUUUCAAUUUUGAUAUUAUACAAGUUAUACAGAAAUAGGGUCUCAUUAUUUUACUCUGUACUCUAACAUAAUACCGCAAUAAAAUUCUUUUAACAUAUAUUUCAUUUACAUUGACUUCGAUUCGUGUAGAUUGAUAUUGCUCUCGAUCGAAAUAAUCAAAGUCAAAGACGCGAAAAUAUUUACCAUCUCCAUUAUUUAAUCGUGGAAUCAAAGCAUGACAUUUCAUUUGUAUUUAUUUUGAAACAUUUUCACGUAUAAAUAUUUCGAACGUAAAGCAAAAUUUUAUUUACAAAUCGACCGCGUGUCAUCGAAUCGCCGUCCCUGUCGUCCAGCGUCCGUCCGCGAUAUGAUGGAAAUGUAUAGCGACGCUCGAACGUGACGUCGAAGCUACGGUUUUUUACCAGCUGAACGAAAAACCGUCGCGCGUCAUUGACGUUAACUCCUUCCUGUCCGCGCCUGGAUCCCGUGAACGUUAUUUUCUCUUUUUUCGACGCCCCAUCAGUCUGUUUUGUCGCGGGCGUAACGACGCCGAUAUCGGGAACCGUAAGUACCGGUCGGAAGCGACGCGCAUAGAAAACGAUACAACGUUUGCGAAAAGGUUCGCGCGUUCGAACGCGGGAUCAAAGGGAAAUUUGUUUGGAAAAACGGAGAGCUUGUAGAUCGUAGAGUGCGGGUCCGAUUGUUCGAGAGCACAGUCGGAAAAAAAGUUGAGAUCGAGUAACCGUGGAGUAUUAAUAUUUAUUAGUUUCGCAACUCCGCCCUUUUCUCUCCGUUUCAGCUCGUCCCUAUCGCGCCGCCUUCGUUCGGUAUUCCGUGAUGAUUUAUCGGGAAACUUUUAGCUGGCUCGUCUGCCUCUCGUCGGAAUAAUAGCCAGCGAUUUAAAGUUGCGGAAACAUGCCCCGACAUUUUUAUAGAUAGCGAUGGACUUAUUGGAACGUUGCGGCCGGCUGAUUUUAGUCCGUUGCCCGACCAAGCGGAAGGGCCAGCACCCGAGGCUCGUCCGUCGGAGAUCCUCGUUGAAAACCAUUAACCCUAGAGUACUCCGCGGGGCUCUGACAGACCCUGGUCGACAAAUGAGCCGUUCAUCAUGAAAGUGGUGCGAGAACAUUUUUAAAAAAUCCAGGUUCCGCGGGGAACGUCGAAGGGACUAUUUUCGUCUGGACGCCGGUAAACGAGGGAGUUUUUCCAAUUUUGUUGCGUGCGUGUCUGUACAGAAAAACGUGCAGAGUUCUUGAAGAACAGGGUCGACGUAUAGGUAUUCGCAUACCUUUACUUUUGGCUACUCGUGUUUGAUCAUAUUAGGGGGACCGAGAAGUAAUCGAAACUUUAUCAAAAUUUAUUUAUUAAAGAAAUCUUAAAUCACUAAUCGACAAAAUAAUUUCCAUCGUUUUCUAACACUUUCUGUCAACGUAAAGGCAAUUGUACGAUCCCCUUUUUAAAAAGGUCCUUCGAUUUUUCAUUGAAAAACAUUUCCAAGUCGAAGAGAUUUCGAUUGUUUUUCGGUCCCCCUAAUAUAUUUUAUUGUAAGAGCGGCGCAACGACGAUAAUUAACACUAAGUGGAGGACUCUGCGUAAUCCGGUAGGUAUUACGUUUCUUUCCCAACUUUUUUCAAUGGUCGCUGUACGACGAUAAAUCUCGCCGCAUCCAGGACGGAUGGUGUCGCCGAUGAUGGCAAUUUUCAAAGCCGUAGAUUUUCGAUAAUGCGAUUACAAGAGAUACAAGAGCCUCCUUAAUGACCCGACUGGAAAUUGCCGAGAAAUGUGUGGCGCGUCGCUCGUUAAAUUAAUGGCGCAAUUUCAGUGUAGUGCCGCGUGACUGGAGGCCGGGAGUGUCGCGAAAAACGGAGGGCGGAAGGCGUGGACGAUCGAGGCAAAUAUUUUCGGAGUGCCUGUCGACAGAUUCUUGUGUAAAAUUUGACAUCCCAUUUCCUGGUUACGUCCCAACAUCAAUCUGUGUACUUAAGGGUGAAUACUUCUCGGAUGGCAGGAAGCUCGAUAUUUGGGAAUUUUUCAUGACGAUACGAAGUAUCUUAAAUCGGUAGCUCUUAGGUACGUAAAAAGUACAUGCAUCGAGCUAUAUUCUUGCCAGUUUUCAUACGUGUGCAGUAAUCAGAAUUUAAUCGAGAGCCGUGAAUGUCAAAGUUACGUAGAUCUAUAAACAUACAGGGCGCGGCAAA